CUUGAUUGUUUUUGUCUCCAGACAAUAUGGCCACGGACGGUCAGAUGUGAUUAUUUGACGUGUUUUCUUUUCUAUUUCUAUUUAUGUUUCAACGUCCCUUACGAGAUGGGUUUGACGCAGAGUUCGGAUAUAUCCGACGGAGGAACGUAUGGAUAUCACGUCCACGGUGUGCAGCCAAAUUCUCCUGCGGAAAAAUGUGGCCUGCAACCGUUCUUCGACUUCAUUUUGUCUGUGGACCACAAAAGACUUAAUGUCGAAAACAACCAGCUGAAGGAGGUCCUGAAAGCCAACAUGGAAAAAGCGGUGAGCGUGGAGGUGUACAGCACCAAGAACAUGAUGAUUCGUGAGCUGGAGGUGACACCCAGCAAUAUGUGGGGAGGACAAGGCCUGCUGGGGGCCAGUGUUCGCUUCUGCAGCUUCCAGGGAGCCAAUGAGAAUGUUUGGCAUGUCCUGGACGUGGAAGCCAGUUCACCUGCUGCACUGGCAGGCCUCCGUCCUCACACUGACUACAUUGUUGGAGCAGAUCAGGUGUUGCAAGAUUCAGAAGACUUCUUCUCGCUGAUUGAGGCUCAUGAGGGGAAGCAAGUGAAGUUGCUGGUGUACAGCGCGCUCACGGACGACUGCAGAGAAGUGGUGGUCACCCCGAACGGAGCAUGGGGAGGCGAGGGAAGUUUAGGUUGUGGCAUUGGGUAUGGCUACCUGCAUAGAAUCCCUGCACAGUCUGACAUAUCGACACCAAAGACCCCCGUCCCCCCUGCCCCUGAGGAGAGCCCACCUGCAGAGCUGCCUAACCACGGCUUCACAGAGGCACCGUUGAUGGCACCUUCAAGCCAAAGUGAGGAUGUGUUAGGGGUCACCCUCCAUGAUGCUUCUCUUACUCCACCCAUGCAGAGUGUCAUGGAUCCUGGCUUGUCUGAUUCUGAAUUGGCUGUAAUGAGCCCCGUUCAUGCUGAAUUGUUCGACAAGCUGGAUCUGUCAGUGUCGUCCGUCGACAUGAACAACACCUCCCUCGCGAUGAACGAUGAGAGAGAGAACGAGAUCUCCGGUGUUGAGGAGCUGGAUGGAAGUGAACUGCAUUCUUCCAAACAGAUUAACUCUCAAGAGCGGACCCCCCUGGCCUCCGUGGAUCUCACUUCUGCUAUCAUCAGUAGUCAAUCUGAUUCUGGCGUGUCAGCGGAAGAGCCAUCUUACUUCAACUCUUCUCACAUACCAGACUCCCUCUGCGAGUCAAGUCAUAGCCACAGUCCACCACUAGGUGCACCGUCUGUUGACCAGUCUAUAGACCCACUGGAGCCGUACAAUGAAGAACCUGCUUGUCCACCUGCUACUGAUGUUCUCCCAGGUGAGUCCCAAGUGGAUAAUGCACCCACUGAGCAAAGUGAAGAUCAGUACAAAGAUGAGGCUCGUGUGCAUCACUGUGAGCAUGGGGACACUGAGGAUCAACCACGAGAGCCAAAGUUUGAAUGAGACUGCAUCAGGCCAACCUCAAAAGAAGAAAAAAAAACAAGAUGGUGACAAUCCCUUCUUUUUUUUUUUUUUAAAGACAAGCAUUGUAUGUGUAUAUACAGUGCUCAACAUCGAGUACACCCCAACAGAUCUGUUACAAAAGUAAUUCAUAUUUUCUAUGGGACGUUUUACAAAAACACUUACUCUCACAAAUGUAGUCCUUUGGCACGCAAAAAUCUAGCAAAGACUUAACUUUUUUUAAAAGAAAAUCUGAUUCACAAGAAUUCAACGACAGGUUAAUCCGAUGAAAAAUUCAAAUUCUCGUAUUUACCGAGAAAUAAAAAGAUGAUCUACUCCUGUUGAGCACUACAGGUGCAUCUCAAAAAUUAGAAUAUUGUGAAAAAGUAAAAAAGAAUAUGACUAUAUAAUAUAAAAAUAUUGCCAUUCAUUUCAGAAAGUGAAACUUAUUUUAUAUAAUCGUUACACACAGAGUGAACUAAUAAGCUUUCUUGUAAUUUUGAUCAUUAUAGUUAGAAGAUAAUGAAAAAGUUAAAAUUCAGUGUCUCAGAAAAAUUGACUAUCACAUAUGACCAAUCAUAAAGGAUAUUUUACGCACAAAUGUCAGGCUUCUGAAAAGUAUGGUUAUUUCUAGAUCCUCGAAACUUGGUUGGGCCUCUUUUUGCAUGAAUUACUGCAUCAAUGCACCGUGGAACUGAGUGGGUUUAAUGGAAGCCCAGGUUGCUUUGAUAGCUGCCCUCCGGUCAUCUAUCUGCGUUGUUGGGUCUGGUGUCUCUUAUCGUCCACUUGACAACAGCCCAUAGAUUAUUAUUAUUAUUAUUUUUUUUUUAAUGGGGUUUAGGUCGGGGGGUUGCUGGCCAGUCAAGCGCAGUAACACCAUGGUAAUUGAACCAGCUUUUGGUACCUUUGGGAGCUGCCAAGUCCUGCUGGAAAAUCAAAUCUCCAUACAGCUUGUCAGCAGAGAGAAGCAUAUGAAUGAAGUGCUCUAGAACUUCCUGGUAGACGGCUGCAUUGACUGUAGACUUCAGAAAAGUGGAGCACGAAAAGCAGAUGUCAUGGCACCCCAAAUCAUCACUGACUGUGGAAACGUCACACACCAUUUUUUUUUUUUUGUCCCGCUUCUCCUCACUAGGGUCGCGGGCGAGCUGGAGCCUAUCCCAGCUGACUCUGGGCGAGAGGCGGUGUACACCCUGAACCGGCCGCCAGCCAAUCGCAGGGCACAUAGAAACAAACAACCAUUUGCACUCAAAUCUACACGUAUGGGCAAUUUAAAGUUUUCAAUUAACCUACAAUGCUUGUUUUGGGGAUGUGAGAAGAAACUGGAGUACAUAGGCUUGAAGUAUUUCAAUGUGUAAUAUAUAUAUUCACUUUCUGAAAUGACUGACAAAAUAUAUUGAACUACUUUUUCUUUUUCUUUAUACGUACAAUGGUGAGGGAGAGGAAGCAACUCCCGCAAAGGUACUGCAAUCUUAUGUAGUCCCCUCCAAAAGUAUUGGAAAGCAAAGGUCAAUUCCUUUUUUUUUUUUUUUUUUGUGGUACACUGAAGACAUUUGGGUUUCAGAUCAAAAGAUGAAUAUAAGACAAAAGUUCAAAAUUCCAGCUUUUAUUUCAUGGUAUUUACAUCUAGAUGUGUACAUCAACUAAGGACAGAGCACCUUUUGUUUGAACCCACCCACUUUUCAAGUGAGCAUAGGUAUUGGAACAUACAUUAUGAAAUUAACUUAAAGUGAAUAAGAUAUAAUAUUUGGUGGCAUAACCCUGACCUGCCAUAACUGCAUCAAGCCUGCAACCCAUUGACUUCACCAGACUGUUGCAUUCUUCAUUUGAAAUGCUUUUCUAUGCCUUUACUGCAGCCUCUUUAAGUUAGUUUCUGAGGGUUUCUCCCUUCAGUCUCCUCUUCAGGAGGUAAAAUGCAUGCUCUAUUGGGUUACGGUCCGGUAAUUGACUUGGCCAGUCUCAGACCUUCCACUUUCCCCCCCUGAUGAAGUCCUUUGUUGUGCUGGCAGUAUGUUUGGGGUCAUUGUCUUGUUGCAUGAUGAAGCGUCUCCCGAUUAGAUGCAUUUUUCUGUUAAUGGCCUGACAAAAUGGUUUUGUAAGCUUCAGAAUAAAUUCUGCUGCUACCAUAGUGAGUUAUAUCCUCAAUAAAGACUAGUGAGCCUGUUCCAGAAGCAGCCAUGCAAGCCCAAGCCAUGACAUUAGCUCCUCCAUGCUUCACAGCUGAGCUUGUGUGUUUUGGAUCCUCAUCAGAUCCUUUCUUUCUCUAUACUUUGGCCUUUCCAUCACUUUGGUAGAGGAUAAUCUUGGUCUCAUCAGUCCAUAAAACUUUGUUCCCAAACUUUUGUGGCUCAUCUCUGUAUGUCUUUGCAAUAUCCAAUCUGGCCUUCUGGGUCUUUUUGCUGAUGAGUGGUUUGCAUCUUGUGACAUGGCCUGUAUAUUUCUUUUGUCAAAGUCUUCUUCGAACAGUGGAUUGUGAUACCACUGACUGCUGUCGUUGUCUGUUUCUUCAUAGCUCUCACAAUGUUUCUGUGAUCAACCUGUUGAUACCCUUGGCCGACCUGUUCAAUGUCUGUUGCUCAGUACACCAGUAGUUUUUCAGGACAUCCUAAAUUGUUGUAUUGGCUAUGCCCAAUGUUUGUGCAAUAGCUCUGAUAGAUUAUCCCUCUUCUCUCAGCUUCAAAAUGCUUUGCUUUUCUCCCAUAGACAGUCUAUUUAUGUUUUGAUUUGAAACCCAAAUGUCUUCAGUAUUCAACAAAAACAAAGGAAUUGGCCUUUCCGUUCCAAUACCUUUUGGAUGGGACUGUAUGCUGUUUUUAUGUGACAUCAACAAGUCACUGCUAAUUUUGUUUUUACAGAUGUCACUUAGUGGAAGUGGACACAGGUUGUGAAACUGGAUUCUGACAUCGUAAAUGUAGUCGUGGACUUUAAAAAGAAGACAAAUCAUAUCUUAAGUACAUCACAACAGUAGAAAAAAAUAUUGAUGAAAUGACAGGUUUACCUUUGGGCUAGUUUAAUUUAUUAAGAUGCGUGCGCUGUUAAUGUAGUUCACUCAUGGCUUUCGUUUGAGUAAAGCUUUGAAGAGAGCAGUAGGUUUUUGUUUUUUGUUUUAGUGUAUGAAGCUAGAGCUAUUAACCCAUUCAGCUCAACACAACCCUAGAUCACAAAACUGUGCAGUUUUGUGAUCUAUGCAAUAUUAGACAACUAUUACUUAAAGAACAAGGCAAUUGAAUAGGUGACUUUUGUAGGUGUAAUUACAUAGUAAUGGUGCUGUUGAGUAAUGAAUGAGUUUUGUUUUUGGGGAAUGUCUUAAUAGUUGCUCAAGUAAAGUAUUUUUGCAGA